AUGUGGGAACCAGUAGGCAUCCCCUUUCAGAACUCCGCGCCGCUGCCGACUCUCCCCACCACGGAGGAAAUCCGCGCCUGCACUAAUGUUCUGUGGGAGACCAGCUCAUCCAAGGUUGUGGCGCUCAAUGACGAUAUUGUGGUUAAAUACGGCGGCUCUAUCAACACUUGGGAAGGCCAGGCUUUGGUCUACCUUGAGCGACAUGUCCCAGAAGUCCCGGCCCCGCGACUGUACGCGAUGUACCAUGAUUCCAAGCAACUCUUCUUGAUCAUGCAACGUGCUCCUGGCGUACCGCUGAAUUCCAUUUGGCCAUCGCUGGCGGAGUCGGAGAAGGACGACAUUGUCACCAAACUCCAACACGCAUUCGACGCAAUGCGAAAGGCCCAGUGUCCAUGGCCCGACUUCUUCGGAGGCCUAGACGGGGGCCCUGUUCCUCACUACCUAUUCUAUAGCCAACAUCAUGAAGGCGAGGGUUUCCUAGGGCCUUUCUCUGGCGAGCCUGCCUUCGUUGCAGCACUUGUUGGUAACUACAGAGCCCUGGUUGAAUUCAACAAGCGCCCAGACUACAAGGUUCGCUUCUAUGAAAAAUAUCUCGCCACCGUCCUUCAAGGGCACCGGCCUACAUUGACACAUGGGGAUGCUCAGCAGAAGAAUAUUAUGGUCGCAGAAAAAGCGGGCCUAUCCAACAGUCAAGGCGGUCGAUCCUUUGACGUCGUCCUGAUUGAUUGGGAGAAUUCUGGCUGGCUCCCUGACUUCUGGGGAUUUUUCUGUGCAUCGUACCCCCUUAUCUUCGACUGGCAUGAAGACUGGGCCGGGCGAGUGCAGGAGUUCGUUCAAGUGUGGCCCGCUGAGAUGGCCAUGAUGCAGCUGAUAGACAGGGACCUGGGCUGGUAA